AUGAAGAGGCGAACACUAAUAUUAUUUCUGGAACGUUAUUGUGUCGGAGUUUGGGGAUCUAUUGCAAAAACUAGUCUUGACGUGGGAGACUAUUUCCCUGAUCCGGAAGACCCAUUUGCAGUUCCGAAAACCGUAGAUUCAACUAAACGAUUAAACCCAGAGUCUGAUCCAGCGUCUAUAGGACCGUGGAUAAGUCGUAACAUGACAGCGGCAUCAAAUCCUUGGCGACGCCAAGCACACGUUGUAGCGGUGUGUUCGCUACAGCCAUGUAUCCGCACCUUCAAGGCGAACAUUAACGGAACUCGACUUACUGAACACUGGAUCUCAAGCAGUUCGACUAUCCUCUGGGGUUUUAGCUCAGAAUCCCAUUCCAGCGGCAAAGACUGGAUAGGAAUGAUUGAUAUUUAUUUUGUAUCGAAAGGUGAAAGGCAGGUAUUAUCAGAGCAAAGCUAUGAAAUUGACAGCUCUUCACAAUGGCUUGCUUAUAACAGGUCUUUUAUGCAAUCUCAGGCUAAAUAUGACCUAGUCUCAUCUCUUCUCUCACACCGCUGCUUGUAUCUGAUGGCAGGAAUGAUAAUGCGCGGCAUUCCAUUUAUAUCUGAUUUGCUGGGCGACAACUUACAGGGCUAUGUUUCAAGCCUGGAUUGGAGUGUGGGUAUUGAGGAAGGGAUUAAUAGGACAUCUGCAUUUUAUGGAUUGUUUGGUCCUCGAAUGAUGUUGGACCUACAUAGCUAUAGCUUGGACACGAACGCAUGGGAACAGUACUUUUUCAGAUCCUGCUGUUGGGAACAUCCUACACUAUGCAACAUGUUUGCGCGUUCAGUAGCCGUGGAUAGCAUUUCCAGCAACCCUGGCAGUCCUUUCACUGAUCUGCCUCGUGGCAGUGAUGACCGUUACAAAUAG